AUGUCUACAGAUUGUAAUGUUCAUCAAAUGCUUUUUAAUGGGACCUUCUUCUCCAUACCCCAUAUGGAGUGUCCCUAUGCGUGCUGCUUCAAGUCUGACAGCGAUGUCAAUCACCGAUUUUCCAGCCUCUACACUACUACUGAGUACGUUGUUUCUGAUGCCAAAAUGAUCAACGAAGUUCUCAAUCGUCCUUCAGCUCAGUCUGACGUUGCCUAUGACGACAGUGUUGACAAAAAUCUUGGUUCCAAUGACGUAGCUAGGGAGGAGCGUCACCAUAGAAACGGGCUGUCGAAAUCAAAGACACAAGGUUCGUCGUUUGCUUAUAGUCCUGGCAAAAAGACUUACAUUCCUAUAGAUGCCCUGAAUGGCAAGAACUCUGCAUUUUUACCAGAUAUUCAUACUGUAAAGCGCCCUCAUAGCCUAUAUCCCAAUCCACAACAUGCCAUUGAAAAACCUGGUGAUUUCGUCAUGUUCUACCAUCUAUUGAGCCCAAGUGUCAAACAAGACAAAACAUCUAUGAUAUUGAAUGAUGCUUGGAACAAAAGAUUGCCUAAGCCUCAGUAUACGAACCAUGAUGAAAGCAAUUCUCUCAGUAGCGGAAGCUCUUCGCCAAUUAGUGAAUCGUUCGACACAAAGCUGUCACUUAACGAUGACUCCGCGUCCUGUUCUGGGGACAGUAGUGGUGACUUUGAGCACAACGGCAGGGAUUACCAUAAUGGUGGAGAACGCCAUUAUGGUGGAGAAGACCGCAACGAUAAGGACUACAUUAAAGUCGGAGACCAAUACCGAAUGUUAGGCCAACAGAAGGAUAAUCUAGUGCCACAAAGUGCAGCGUCAAUGAAUAUGCUUCAGCGAGAUGCCAAAUUGGCGAAAAAAGAAGUGAUUUAUUGUCCAAUUUGUUUCAAGAAACUGAAACACAUUUAUUAUUUGAGGAGACACAUGAUCAUCCACAGUGGAGUGAAGCCAUUCAAGUGCAACUUCUGCCCCAGACGUUUCAGCCAAACAGGAAACCGUAAUGCUCACAUGCGCAUUCACACGGGAGAGAAACCUUUCCAGUGCGACUUGUGUAAUAAAAAAUUCACGCAUGCGUCAUCUAAACGACGCCAUACAAAAUUCUGCCAAGCCAUAUAG